CCAGAUUCCAUAUGCCCCCACCACAUUUAAGAUGACCACCCCCUUCCAUCCGUCGAGCCGUUUUGGCUCAAAGAGUUUGGCUCGCCCUUCCAGCGGGUGGAGCCGUCGAGGCGAUGUCCGCGUCUAAGCUGCAGCCGCACCCGCCUGCCAACGUUCCCGUCGACAAGAAGAAGGUGUUCGUGGGCCAGCUUCCGUUUUCGACAACAAAGGGCAUGCUGGCGGCCAAGCUGACGGAGGUUGGAUUGUUCGACGACGUCGACGACGCGUUCAUUGUCCGACGAGGUUCGCAUGCUCAGAGUCCAUUCGUCGUGGCGUUUGUUGUGUUCAAGACCGAGGAGGCCGCGCGGACAUUGGUUUCUAUGAAUUGCGCUCAUUGGCCCGACAUCUCCCCGAGUCCAAUCCCGUUGAGUUUCGCGAAGUUGCAGAAACGGAAGCUGCCAGCACCAACGACCCCAGCGCCUACGGCGAGCUCAGCGUCGACCCCAGCGCCUACGGCGAGCUCAGCAUCGACGCCAGCGCCUACGGCGAGCUCAGCAUCGACGCCAUCGAUGAGGGAACCAUGGAGUCUCGAUGCUGCAGACGUUCUUCGUCGAGGUGAGAAGCUGAUCAAGGCCAUCAGGACGGCGCAGGCCACGGCGCUCAAGGAGGAGAUGGAGAGGCGCGCGCGAACGGCGCUCCAGGAGGAGGCCACGGCGCUCCAGGAGGAGCGCUAACUGCGCCGCGUUAGGUCGGCGCGAAAAAAUAAACUUCCCCCCCCUCCCCCUUCCAGAGUGACGUCUUGAGAGAGAGUGUCUUGAGAGAGAGUGUCUUGAGAGAAAGGUUUCCAGAGGGCCC